CGGGGACGCGCCUUCCUCGUUUCCCGGGCGCGCUCUCGCCCUCCUAAGUAUUGAUCCAGCGCUGGGCAGUCUGGAAAUCUGGUGACGGGCGCUUUUCCCGGGCGGAGGAAAGCCAUGUCCACGUUCCGCCAAGAAAAUGUGGAGGACUACUACGAGAUGGAGGAGGAGCUGGGCAGCGGCCAGUUUGCGAUCGUGCGAAAGUGCCGGGAGAAGAAGAGCGGCCUGGAAUACGCGGCCAAGUUCAUCAAGAAGCGCCGCCUGUCCUCCAGCCGCCGCGGGGUGAGCCGCGAGGAGAUCGAGCGGGAGGUCGACAUCCUGCGGGAGAUCCAGCACCCCAACAUCAUCACGCUCCACGACAUCUUCGAGAACAAGACGGACGUGGUGCUGAUCCUGGAGCUGGUCUCCGGCGGGGAGCUCUUCGAUUUCCUUGCCGAGAAGGAGUCGCUGACGGAGGAGGAGGCCACGCAGUUCCUCAAGCAGAUUUUGGACGGGGUCUACUACCUCCACUCCAAACGCAUCGCCCACUUUGACCUCAAGCCUGAAAACAUCAUGCUCCUCGACAAGAACGUCCCAAGCCCUCGAAUCAAGCUGAUCGACUUUGGGAUUGCCCACAAGAUUGAAGCAGGGAACGAGUUCAAAAACAUCUUCGGCACUCCCGAGUUUGUAGCUCCAGAAAUAGUCAACUACGAACCUUUGGGCCUGGAGGCUGAUAUGUGGAGCAUCGGGGUCAUCACCUACAUCCUCUUAAGCGGCGCCUCCCCGUUCUUGGGCGAAACGAAGCAGGAAACGUUGACCAACAUUUCUGCCGUCAACUACGACUUUGACGAGGAGUAUUUUAGCAACACCAGCGAACUGGCGAAGGACUUCAUUCGGCGGCUGCUCGUCAAGGAUCCCAAGAAGCGGAUGACGAUCGACCAGAGUCUGGAGCACCCGUGGAUUAAGGUGAUCAAGCGCCGGAACGUCCGCAACGAGGACAACGGCAAGAAGCCCGAGCGCCGGCGCCUCAAGACGACCCGCCUGAAGGAGUACACCAUCAAGUCCCACUCAAGCAUGCCCCCCAACAACACCUACGUCAACUUCGAGCGCUUCUCCAAGGUCAUGGAGGAGGUGGCGGCGGCCGAGGAGGGCCUCCGCGAGCUCCAGCGGAGCAAGAAGUCCUUCCGCGAGGACAUCGAGGCCCUGCGCUCCAUCUACGAGGAGAAGGAGCUGUGGUACAGGGAGGAGAACGAGGCCGUCGGCCAGGACCUGCGGCAGAUCCGGCAGGAGAUGCAGAAGACGGAGGCCCUCAAGCGCCAGGCGCAGGAGGAGGCCAGGAGCGCCUCGCUGGCGGCCAACGGGCUGAAGCGGCGCUACCGGAAGCUCGAGAACCGCUACGAGGCCCUCGCCAAGCAGCUGGCCUCCGAGAUGAAGUUCGUGCAAGAGCUGGUGCGCUCCAUCGAGCUGGAGAAGCUGAGGGGCGGGGAAGGGGACUGCGGGAUCCGCUAGCGCCCUUCCCUCCUGGGGCGGGGUGAGGAGACGGUGAGCGGAUCCGCCUCGGA